AUGCAACUAGCAGCAUCUAGUUUGCCCUUUGGUGGUGUCGGAAACUCUGGAAUGGGAAGAUAUUAUGAAGAGGCGUCUAUUGCCACCUUCUCUAAUCCUCGUUCUGUACUUGACAAAUCUAAUAUUGAGAAAAUGAACUAUUUGUUCCGCUAUCCACCGUAUACGGAAAACCACGAGCGUUGGGUGCGCAGUGGACUUUCGAAUAUCGCAAUCAAGGAGGAGUUAGUUCGGCUUUCUCAUAAUCAAAGCGCUUGUCUUCUCUCAGACAAAUAUGGGCUCAACCAGGACACUAGUGAUGUUGGAUUUAAGCCAUAA